AGUUGCAACCAUACCCCUAUUUGUACAACUGUCACAUGUCAAUCUUAUCCCCCACACUCUUUAUUUUUUUCCCCUAGCUUGUUUACAUAUUUCCUUCCUUCUUUUUACAGUAAUAACAAGCAGAUCCCAUUUUUUUUGCAGCACCAUCCAUUACUAUAUAUACAUAAAACACGCACACACACAGAGAGAGGUACAGAGUUGGUGUAGUAGUUGUGGAAGGAAAAAAAUGGAAUACGGGUGGAGUAGCAGUAGCAGUGCAGCAGGAGGAGGAGGGGGGCAUAACGGUAAUUUGAGGCCAGAUAAUGCAUGGGAGGCGAUGCAGGAAGCUGGGUCUUCCAGUCUGUAUCGCAAUCCUGAUCCGCAUCUGACAUGCUUGAAGCUCGGAAAGAGGCAUUACUUUGGGGAUCUGUCUUCUUCUCCACUCAUAAAGAGAUCCAAAGGGCCUUCCUCUGUUCCGCGGUGCCAGGUGGAGGGCUGCCAGGCUGCGCUGCUCAACGCCAAGGAUUACCACCGGAGGCACAAGGUUUGCCAGACGCACGCCAAAGCCCCCAGAGUCGUGCUUCUCGGAAUCGACCAACGCUUCUGCCAACAAUGCAGCAGGUUUCAUGCCGUUGGAGAGUUUGAUGACGCGAAGAGGAGCUGCAGAAGAAGACUGGCAGGCCACAACGAAAGGAGAAGAAAGAGCUCGCAGCAACACACUUCCUCUUUUGCUACCAAAGCGAGCAUGAGCAGCAGUGGGUGUGCUCUCUCUCUUCUGUCACACUCACCGGCGACUUACGGGCCGUGGAGCGCCUUGCCGGCUCCGGAUCUCCCGGCGAGGUGCAGCGCGGCCCUGCGGGAGCUCAUCGCGGAGAAUCGUGCGUCGGUCUUCGAUGCCACAAAGAUAUGGCCGGGCUGGGCUGAGCCCGAAAACCGCGGCCACGUGACACUGAAUCUCAUGCAGGGCCCGGAAUCGGCUUUCGGGCUUAUUUUGGGCCACGAUCACCGGCCAUCGGAAGAAGGCGCCGCUGGAGAUUGCUCUGACCUGUGGAGCCACCUGCCUUUGGGGUAUUGAUUUUGCGUUUUAACUUUGUUUUUUGUGCAUCAAAACUUGUGGAUAUCAUUUAGCCUUCGCUUGUUAUUUUGUUUAAUGUAAACCUCUACUUAAUUUUUCUAGUAA